AAGGAGCAUGAAAAACAAGGGGGGCAGAAGCGCCUUACUACUUUGUGUUGAUAAAUUCUAGUAGGUCGUCGCUGACAGUGCUCAGAGUGUAACUCCACAGCUGCAAAAACAACAAUCAAUUUAAAAAGAAACACAGGACAGUUUAACCAGUCUUUUUUUCUGCCUGUUCCGCAGCAAAGACAACUGACAGAAGAACUGUGAGUGAUCCAGAGGUCGGUUUUCAGGUUGUUUUUAGAAUCGACUAAAAGCAGAAUCAUGUCUUUGGAGGUGAAGGAAAAAACCCAGGUGAGGCUGGUGUUUCUGGGGGCGGCCGGCGUUGGCAAGACGUCCCUGAUCCGCCGCUUUCUCCAGGACACGUUUGAGCCUAAGCAUCGGCGCACUGUGGAGGAGAUGCACAGCAAGGAGUAUGACAUUGGAGGUGCCAAGGUUACCGUGGAGAUCCUGGACACCAGCGGCAGCUAUUCCUUCCCGGCCAUGCGCAAGCUCUCCAUCCAGAACAGCGAUGCCUUCGCCCUGGUCUACGCCGUGGACGACGCGGAGUCGUUGGAGGCCGUAAAGUCCCUCCGCGACGAGAUCCUGGAGGUCAAAGAGGACAAGUACACGCCCAUCGUGGUGGUGGGCAACAAGGCGGACUGCGCCGGGGCUGACAGGCAGGUGGCGGGCGACGACGUGCUGUCGACCGUGGAGCUGGACUGGAACAACAGCUACGUGGAGGCGUCGGCCAAGGAGAAUGACAACGUUCUGGAGGUGUUCAGGGAGCUCCUGCAGGUGGCCAACCUGCCGAGCCGGCUCAGCCCCGCACUCAGGUGCCGCAGGGAGACCAUCCCCAAAGGAGACCCCAAGGGAAUCCGUCCGCCCAUGAACAAGACCAACUCCUGCAUUAUCUCCUAAUGUACUCCGUCCGGGGGAGCAGGAGAGAGAGGGAGCCCCUGGGCUACACCCAUUAAGUGUUGCUGGACAAGAGGGUGAAAGAGACCUGAACCGUCGGCAGAUUCUGAAGUGUCGGACUGCCAGUUGCUGAAACUGAACUGAACUCACCCUCCACUCCACUACCACUUCCUCUGCGCAGGCGACGGUGUUGAUGUGGAAGAGAAUGGGUAACCAUCGACGUAACUAACAAGGACUUGGUCCAACUGAUGUAAUCACAGUGAGCUGGGGGAUGAGAAUAAAGAGAAGGCAAAGACGUUCAUUGCUCAGUUGUUUACGUAAUGUAAUAUGUUGCUGCUUAUUUUUUAACAGGCCACUGCUGAUUUUAGGUCAGGUCAAUGUACACCUUUUGUGAUCCAUUCAUUUUAAUUUUGCAGUGUGCGUCCAACGUUCCGUUGCAAUGAAAAUGUAUGUUGUAAACAUACAAAGAGUGUAUUUGUUUAUCAAAAGGACGCGACAUAUGCUGGGUUUGUGCAAAGUCAGUAAAUUGCUGUAAAAAACACCAUUCAUUUGAAAAUGCAGGAGUAGCACCGCACAGUAUGUUUACAUAUACAGGCCGGUAUUCAGACUUUUUUUUAUUAAUUUGCUAUUAAGCAUGAAUUUGUUUUUGUCAAAAUUGUGAAAUGCAAAUGUCUAAGUGCACUUUUAAUUUGAAAAUGAACAUUGUUUUUAUAUGAGUUGUUUUUUUAUCAUGAUUUAUACAUUUAACUGCUUAACCAACUUCAUUUGACAAUUGCAAUGUUUAUCUAACAAGCUCAA